AUAACACGCAGUGUACAACUUGACCACGCCGAGCAACUAAAAUCGGAACAUGAGGAUGCUAUGCGCCGCUUGAUGAACAUAUUCUCUUCGACUGAACAGCUGCUUGCCACAGACUUCAAACUCCCACAGACUACCGACAUGAACGAGGCGAAAGCCGUCACGGCUGAAUACACACGUCAACUGGAGGAGGCCAGACAAAAGCUGUUGCAGAAAGCGAGACAGGACUAUGAAGAAGCAAUGAAGACGGCCGAGGCUUUAAUGGAGGCGGCCCGGAAGGGCGAGAUCAGCAUGGAUGAGGCUGAGCGAUUCAUGGCGGCUACGAAGGCCGCUGGAGAGCGUCUCUUUCGGAUGGCCAAUCAGGACGUCCAGCAGCGGUUGAUUGAAGUACAGACGGCCGUUGAGCAAGCCGUCGAAUUUGCUCUGAGGCUGGCCCAGCUAACCGAUUGGAUGCAGGAGAGUGAGAGCCUCGGUGAGAUUGGUGAGACAGCAGAUCUACAGAUUACCUCGCUAAAUUUUGACCUUAGUGGGCUCUCACCGGACGAAGCUAUAGAAAAGCUUAAGAUCCACUUCACCUCGAUUGAGGAACACGAGAAAGCGCUGCUGGAGGCCGAGGCUCGGCUGGCUGAGAUCAAAGCCUCAGGUGUGCAGAACAUUGAUGAAGUUUAUUUAGAUGAAGUUCUUGAUAUUCUUCUGAUGCUUGCGGUCUUUAUUGACAACCUCUACGAGAUUGAUGUCCUAGUACAGCUUAAUGAGAAUCGAAAGUGGCUGUGGACAGUUAAGCUUCUAUUCCCUCUUCCACCUUUUUCUAUGCAGAUAAUUAAUCUACUGGCUGUAUCUGAGCUUUCACUUGAGUUAGAACCGCUUACUGUCACGCUUUGA